AUGAACACUUUACUAAUAACAGAUUAACCAUAUUUAGAUCAUCAACGCAAAUUUACAAUCAGUCCAGAGAUACGAAAUAAUAUAUAAAGUACUCUUAACAGAAGGAUAAAUCAUUCAUAAGCAGAUUUAAUAGCUCCUAUAACAGUUAAUUAAAAUAACAAAAAAAAGUAGUCUAUAAAGAAAGGUUUACAAUAAUUGUUAAAAUCAAGUCCAUAUUCAAAAUUAGUUCAAUAAAAAUCUUAAUAAUAACUUCAAAUCUAAGAUAGUUUUUCAUAACAAUAUUUGAAAGGCUAUUUACCUACUCCUAACUAAUUAUCCACUUAAUUAAUUCAUAAGUUAGAUAAUCAUACUCCUUCCUUAAAUUCAACUACCUCAAGUAGUAUUAAACCCAGAAUGAGAAAUACUACUAAAGAUCAAAUGCAAAAAAAAUCUUUUGACUCUUUAAAUAUGACUUCAAAUAGAGAAAAAGAAAGAUAAACGAUUUCUCAAUUAUAAAAUAUAAUUUAAAGAUCAUCAAUUUUAUUAAAAUCUUAUCGAGAAGAGUUGCAAAGGCAUAUAAAUGAAAAGCAAGACUUAAUCAAAUAAAUUCAGUUAUUAGAAGAUACUAGAAUUAUGUAAUGA